AUGAAAACGCCGGUGAGAAAGACUUUUCGCAAGGAGAUGCUGUCGCUAAAGCAGGCAAGCAAGGAGAUGCAGGCCGAGAGGGAGUCGCUGAGUCGCUCGAGGAACGCGGAGCCGGGAACGCAGGGGUAUUAUGGCACGCUGAGAAAGGAAGAGUCGCUAGGUAUUAAAAUGGGCGUAAUCCCGGGGGAGGGCAGGAACCGAGCCGAUGCGCCAGAAGAUGAUGGUACGAGGAGCAGUGCGGCGGUGUACGGUGUUGCGUUGUCGUUUGGUGUGGUGGCAGGGCAAGGCUGCAGAGCUACAUUGGUCAGUCAGGGUGUUGAUGCAAGGCGUUGCCGACCCUGGCCACUUACGAAUGCGCGUGUUGGCAUCCCUCAGAUCCCAAUUUCCAACGAACACCGAGGCCAAAUCGAGCCUGUCAACCGACAUGGGUAA